UAAACGUUGUGUGUGAAAGGUCCCCAUGAGGCCCGUUUUAUUCAAUAUGUGUGUGUGUGAGCGCAGACAGAGGAUGUUGGACAGGGAUAUUUUCCACUCUUGAUCUCUGGUCAACUUUUUUAUUUUCAUAUUUCAAAUGCAAUAGAAAUGUCAAAUAUUGUUUAUACUUUGUUUACAGAUUGCAACCCAGAACCACAGUGAAAAUGAGAUUUUUGUGCCAAAACUGAGACGGACUAAAAGUGUCAUAAUGAAAGAUACAAAUCUUGAAGAUUCUGAUGAGCUCUUUGAUUCUACACCAGAGAGUUCCGAUGAUUAUGUUCCAGAUACCACUUCUGAAAGUGACAGUGAUGUUAGCCUUACACUAAACCAGGCAAAACGUCGGCUUCUUGAUGAACUGGAUAUUGAUCAGUCUGGCUCAGUGAGUUGCCCUGAUUGUGACACCACAACGUCAGACAAAAUGCACAAUGUUGCGUCUGAAGCAUCUGGAACAGGAGAAGAACCCAGUUCAAGUCAGAACACAACAGACGGAAUAGUUGUUAGUGCAUACCAAAAAAGAGAUGGUGCUAGAGUGUACAACAAGAGACAUUACUGCUUGUACUGCAGUAAACCCUAUGCUAAGAUGGCAAGGCAUCUAGAAAGUUCACAUGAAAAUAAGUCUGAUGUGGCUAGAGCUCUAAGCUUUCCAAAGGGUUCAAAGGAGAGGAAAAACCAGCUUGAUUAUAUUCGCAACAGAGGAAACUAUGCUCACAAUGCAGCUGUUAUGGAGUCAGGAAAGGGGGAACUAGUGCCAUUUAAACGACCACGUAAAGAAGUGCAGGGAGAAGAUUUCAUGCAUUGUGCAUACUGUCAAGGACUUUUUACAAGAAAGGUCCUGUGGAGACACAUGCGUACUUGUAGACUUCAACCACAAUCAGACCCUCCCAAACCAGGAAAAAACCGUGUUCAGUCCAUGUGUACCUACACAGGGCCUGUGCCUUCAAACAUGACCAAACAACUGUGGGGAGUAAUCAGUGCCAUGAAUCCUGACCCAAUCACAGAUAUAAUAAAAAAUGACAGAGUAAUUACUGAUAUUGGGCAGCACUUGUUGAACAAAGGUGGGCUAUCAGAUAAGAAUAAACAAUGUGUGCGGGAGAAGAUGCGAGAACUGGGAAGAUUGAUUCACAAUGCCAGGAAAGUCACCUCCUUAAAAACACUGGAAGAUUGUGUAAAUCCAAAGAAGUACAUGGAGACCGUCAAAGCUGUUAAGUAUACAUGUGGGUAUGACAGUGAAACCGACAAAUUCUUGAUUCCAUCUCUUGCUAACAAGCUUGGGAAUUCCCUGGUUAAAGUAUGCAAACUCUUGAAAGCUCAGGGCUUAAUCUCCAAUGACAAACAGCUUGUGAAGAAUGCCAGUGAGUUUCAAGAAGUCCAUGCGAAUAAGUGGAACGAGAUGAUUUCUGCUACAGCAUUGAGGAAUAUCAGGGAAGCAAAGUGGAAUGUGCCCACGCUCAUGCCCUUUACUGAAGACGUACAAAAACUGCAUACUUUUCUCAGUCAAGUGCAAGAUGAGUGGUUCAACCUGCUCUCUGAAAGUCCAUCUACUAAAGCCUGGAUGGAGCUGGCCAAGGUGUGUCUAGCUCAGAUGAUUCUCUUUAAUCGGCGGAGAGAAGGAGAGGUGGCAAGCAUGCCUUUGUCUGUGUUUUUAUCAAGAGACACUUCUGAUCCACAUGAGGAUGUGGACUGGGCUCUCUCCGAAGUGGAGAAGAAACUCUGCAGACACUUCACAAGGGUUAUCACCAGGGGAAAGCGUGGUCGGCCAGUUCCAGUCCUUCUGACUCCAAAAAUGCUGUGUUCCUUAGAACUCCUUGUUAAGCAGAGAGAGGCGUGUGGGGUUUUAAAAGACAAUGCCUAUAUGUUUGCUAGACCAGAAGCCAUGACACAUUUCCGAGGGUCAGACUGCCUCCGUGGCUUUGCAAAGGCUUGUGGUGCAAAGUGUCCCAAGGCACUGACAUCUACCAGGCUGCGUAAGCAUGCCGCGACCCUUUCAACAGUGCUGAACAUGACCGACACCGAGAUGGACCAGCUGGCAAACUUUCUCGGGCACGACAUCAGAAUCCAUCGUGAGUUCUAUCGACUCCCUGAGAAGACCCUGCAACUAGCCAAGAUCAGCAAAGUUUUAAUGGCUCUUGAGCAAGGAAGAUUAGCUGAGUUCCAUGGCAAGAACUUGGAUGAAAUUGGGAUAGAUCCUGAUGAAAAAGUAGUUGACUGUGAUGAGGAAGAACAAGUUAAUGACUGUGAUGAGGAAGACAGGAGCAUACAAGAGGGACACUGUUCAUCUACUGUUGACGCUUCAGCCGAGGUGGCACUUCCUGCUACCGAGAGGAAUAUGUCACACAAGAGAGGCAAACCAUCAUCAGAAGUGCCGAUGUCUUCAGGAGCCAGUGCUAUGAGACCACCUUGCAAAGGUAAAAGUAGCCAGAAGAAAGCUCCCUGGCAGCAGGCAGAGGUGCAGGCGGUGGAAAGGCACCUGAAGUCAUUCAUCAUAUCUGGCACUGUACCAGCAAAGAGUGACUGUGAGAAAUGUUUGAAAGCUGAACCACAAGCUCUGAGGAACCGCGAUUGGAAGACAGUAAAAUUUUAUGUUUAUAAUCGCAUUACAGCUUUCAAAAAGAAAUUGCAGUGCAGAUAAUAAUGUAAAGAUGCAACUAUCUGCCAUGGUAAGUUUUGUUAAAGUUAAAGCCACAGCAGCACUUAAAGAAAUAGAAUAACUUAAACCGUUAAACCAUUGCAAGGCCACACGCUGAAAGCAUUGGUCUAACAAAAGUUGAAAUCCAUGUUUGUGAAAGGAAGCAUGGUGAGAGUUUAUAUAUUUUUUUUUUUUUACAUUUAGUAUAACAGGACUUUUGAGGUUUUGUUUUGAGGUUUGACUUAGAGUUAUGUGAAAUUUAACUAAAUAAAAGUUGAAUUCAGUCAUUUUAAUCUGAAUUAUUGUCUUGAAGUUCAAGUAGUAGUAGGUUUAUUGUAUUGAUAAGUAUCCAGUGAGUAGUAGCUGAUGUGGGGUGGUUGGCUGGGGCUAAACACUACUUUAAAAUAAUUUAAAGAAAGAAUAGUUCGAAGUGGAAAGGUUUAAAUGUUUGACUUGUGGGUAUGAUAUGAGUUGGAACAUAUACAGGCAAUCAUUCACUAUGCUAAAUCCUUUGUAUUCACAUGUGCAAAAUGCAACUUAGAGUCGUCCUAACUGAAGAUAACUUGCACUGAAGGAUUUGUAAAACAUGUCAGUGCCAUUGUUUUGUCUCAAAAUGCAAACCAGUAAUGUUUUUUUUCUAAGGCAUUUUAAUAGAAGCUGUUUCUAUACCCAGAGGUGGGUAGUAACGAGUUACAUUUACUUCGUUACAUUUACUUGAGUAAUUUUUGGGGGUAACUAAUACUUUUCGGAGUAUAUU